UCCUAAUAAAGGUUUAGACUUAAAAAAAAGCCUAAAUAACCAAAACACAAACAACUGUAAUAAAACUAAACACACAGUUAACAAGAACAGGCAGAGAGCCAUGGCCACUCACAUAUGCACCUCAUAUUCACCAAUCACAGCCAACACAAUCACCACCAACACCAACACCAACACCAAGGUUUUUUCUGUUCCAUUGCAGUCCAAAAAUGCUAAAAAUCCAAACUUUUCUCUGUCUUUAAGCACCAAAACCAGGCUCUCCAUAUCAGCUGUUGCAGGAAAUAGUGCACUUCAAGUUGAUGAACCCACCACUUCUAGUAAAGGGCCAAAGUCUUUGCCUUUUAGAAUUGGGCAUGGGUUUGAUCUUCAUAGAUUAGAGCCUGGUUACCCUUUGAUUAUUGGUGGUAUUAAUAUUCCCCAUGAACGAGGCUGUGAGGCUCACUCUGAUGGAGAUGUGCUGCUGCACUGUGUUGUUGAUGCAAUAUUGGGUGCACUAGGGUUGCCUGAUAUUGGUCAGAUAUUCCCUGAUUCUGAUCCUAAGUGGAAGGGGGCAGCAUCAUCUGUUUUUAUAAAAGAAGCUGUAAGACUCAUGCAUGAGGCUGGCUAUGACAUAGGAAACUUGGAUGCCACCUUGAUUCUUCAAAGACCAAAACUUAGUCCUCACAAGGAAGUUAUAAGAUCCAAUUUGUGCGAGCUGCUCGGGGCCGACCCUUCGGUUAUAAAUCUGAAAGCAAAAACACAUGAGAAGGUUGAUAGUUUAGGUGAAAACAGAAGUAUUGCAGCUCAUACUGUGGUUCUUCUUAUGAAGAAGUAAAGGAUAUCUAUUUAAAACAAAAACAAAAAAAUCAAUACUUUGAUUUUUAACAUUUGCACUUCAUUAGAAUAUUGCUGUUGUUGUUACAGAGAUGAGCAUGUAUGUUGUUCUUAAGAAUUUAUAGCUAUAACCAAUAAUGGAAUUUGCUUUUGUAUUACAA